AUGCAUCAAGCGCAGAAUGCGCAGCAUUUGUUACCUACGAAUUUGCAGUACAAUGGUACCAGCCAGUCGGAGGUAUUGCUUUUUCAGCUGAUCGGCCCCGUAUCAAUAUUGCUACGGAAUAUCGCUGUACCAUGGAUUUUUGUGGGCUUUCGAUUUGCUGUUACCAACGGAUUUUGCUUUGUCCAUGUUAAAAAGAAAUGGCUAAAGGGCAUUAUCGUCAAGAAAAUGCCGCCCAAACAUCUGUUAAGUGCAUCGCUUGAGAAGGAUGCAGCUAAUUAG